GUUUUUCGAAAUUCAGCUUUUUUCAUAAAAAUUUCUCAGCUUUAUUAAUAAUUUGUUGAUUUAAUAUAUGUCUCACCACUAGCAAAAGAAGGAAAAAAACGUUGGAAAGAUUUUAAAGUUCGUGUUGUUGAACAUAAUAUGCGUAUUAUGGCAAAAUAUUAUACACGUGCUCGUACACAAAAAAUGGCUGAAUUACUUGAUUUAACAAAAGAUGAAGCUGAACAGUUUUUAUCAAAUCUUGUUUCAAAUAAAACAAUAAGUGCAAAAAUCGAUCGACUUCAAGAUAUAGUUACAUUUCAACAAAAAAAAUCACCACAAGAAAUUCUUAAUGAUUGGUCAGUUAAUCUUAAUUCAUUAAUGACAAUUAUUAAUAAAACAUGUCAUUUAAUUAAUAAAGAAAAAACAGUUCAUGCUGUACGAUCAUAA